CUUUCGCCAAACUAACCUUACUGUUUUUACCUCCCUGAUUUAACAAGAACGCGACUGUGUCGUCUGAACUUGACAGCUACACUUGUGAAACAUCACGACUGAGACUGUCAUCCCUGGAUGAUAUGGAGGCAGCUGUGAUCUCCUCUCAGGAAUCUUUUCGGGAAGAUUCCCACCUCAACGCAUCCUUGUCUGCUCCUCUUCCUCCGCCGCCUCCUCCACCACCUCCUCCCUGUCUCCUUCCUCCCCCGGCCUUCUCAUGCAGCGUCCAGCGACGCUCCAUGAAAAAGCUAAACUGGGACACCAUUCCCAGCCAGCGCGUGCUGGGCAAGUUAAACGUGUGGACCUCCAAGCUGCCUCAGAGAGACUUGGUGCUGGACAUCCGUAGCAUGGAGGAGCUCUUCAGUCAUGUGGACAAGCGGUCCUCGCGGGCCUUGCAGUCAAAGGUUACGGGCCUCAAGAAGAAUGAAGGCAUAGAGGUUUGCCCCCCGGAGCAUCAGGUGACGAUUCUACACUCCAAAAAGAGUAUGAAUAUCGGCAUCUUCCUCAGACACUUUAAGAGGCCGGUGGCAGAAAUGGUACAGGACAUCCGCCAAGGCAACUGGCGCAGGUUCGGCAGUGGCAAGCUGAAGGAGCUGUGCAAGCUGCUGCCAGAGGAAAGUGAGGUGAAGCAGCUGCUGUCAUUCAGCGGAAACCUCUCGUUCUUACCCGAGGCCGACCAGUUCAUGGUGCAGCUGGUCAAAGUGCCGCGUUAUGAGGAGCUGCUUAAGAUGAUGGUGCUGCGUGAGGAGUUCUUGCCUCUCAUGGAGGAGGUGAAGAACUCGCUGGCAGUCAUGAUCAAAGCAGCCAACGAGCUGCUGGACUGCGACGACCUCCACACUGUCAUUCGUCUGGUGUUGAAAGCUGGCAACUACAUGAACUCUGGAGGCUACAGCGCCAACGCUAUCGGCUUCAGGAUGACGUCGCUGCUCAACCUGGCCGACACCAAGGCCAAUAAGCCCGGCAUGAACCUCAUGCACUACGUUGCCAAGCAAGCGGAGGACAUCGACGUGGAGCUGCUGACGUUCCCCAGCCAGAUGGAACACAUCGGAAAGGCGUCAAGAAUCUGCAAAGACGAAGUGGUGGCUGACUUUGAGAGAGAGCUGAAGAAAAUCAAGGAGGUCAAGUUGUACACGAGCAGACAUCCCGACCUCUUCCAGCAGAUGGAGACCUUUUUCGUGCAGGCCGAGGCCCAGCUAUCUGACGUGGAGUUCUUUCUGCAUGACUUGAACGUGCUGAGCUGCGCCGUGGCCGAGUAUUUCUGCGAGGACCCGUCCUCCUUCAAGCUGGAGGAGUGCUGCUCAAUCUUCCACUCUUUCUGCAGGCGCUUUGCCACGGCCGUGCAGGAGAACCGUGAGCGCGAGGCAGCAGAGCAGAGGUGUAGGAGGAAGGAGAGCAUCCGUAUGGCACCCAGGCGCAGGUCCACCGUCUUGGGCCCUGGACUGGAAACCAGCCUAGAGUCGGCUUUGCACAGUCUGCUGUCCACCGCUCCAGAAGGUGUCUCCAGGUGCAGGAAGACCCCGCAGUCCUCCAUCCAGGAGUCUCCUGUCAUUCAUCCAUCUGGAAACAAGCCAGAGCCCACCUCUCAAGAGAGUCCCGAGAAGAAACAAGCCAAACUUCUAGAGGAGGACACAGAAAAGUUGUUUGAAAUGUCCACAGAAGGACAAAAUGACGACAAAUCUGCCAGCUCUCACGUGGAGAGAGCAUUGGACAGUCCAGCUACUCCUUGUACUCCUCGGCCAAGAACCAGAGACUUCUUCUUUGCCAACAAUGGCGACGCGGGCUCUCCAUGGACUAUCCUGAGUCCUCUGACUUGCUCCCAAAGACACGCCCCCCAGAGGAAGCGCCACAUUCAGCAGCACAGACCCUCCAUGUCUGACGAGGACGACCUUGAUGACGGAGUGUGGGAAAGCAGAGGAAAUCCAGCAAGUUCCUCCAUGGGAGGCGGUCCGGCAUCUCUCUUAGAGGGUCCCAGAGAGCGAGCUGUCUCCAAAGGUCCUUUUAUGAGGUCUGCCUCCAUGGACGAGACCAGGCCGUCUCCAGCACCCGCCUUCCGACUGGGGAAUUUGUUCCAGAGAAACGUGGGCCAAAGGUCCUACUCCUCAGACUCCAGGACAGAAAGGACAAUGGUGUCCCAAGCCAAAGCUUCACUGGACACUGACAAGACAGGGAACCACACAGACGGACUACCAAACAACUUCGGCAUCAUCUCCUUCUUCAGACGCUUUGGAGGCAGAAGCAAAGCUGGAGAUGUCGAGGAGAUCAUCUUGAAAGGCUCCAAUACUUGAUGCUCCUCUUCUUUGUGUGUAAUGUUCAUGUUAUUCUGUUUUUACUGUUUUUAACUUCCUGUAGCAAGCAAGGCAACAAGGAAUUUGUUUUGGUCCAUUGGGACUUUUUGGGAGUCAAUCCAUACUCAAAAAGCCACCGCCUUUU